CUUGCCAGCGCGCAGACUAGCAACUCCAUCCAUCCGCAACGACUCUCUUUUCCUUUUUUUCUUGGCUUGUGGGCUGAUUUUGUCCUUUUCGCAAUCUUUCUCUUCUGAAAACACUGCCACGGAUUCUGUGCGCGUGUCUAAUUUUCUUCUUUUUUUUCUUUAUUACCACGCUGGCCUAGCUUCUACGCUGGUUGGCCCGUUUAAUACUUGCGUCACGCCCGAAAUCCCCCCUUCGAACUCGACAUCGCCAUUGCUCCCGCACACAACAGCAACCGCCUUCGACUCCAAUAAUAAUUCGCCAUGGCUCGUCCGUUAGGGCCUGUUCGCCUCAAGAAGGCUAGCCCUAUCACACUUAUCGUGGGCGCAGUGCUGUGCAUCUUCAUCUUCGUCUUCCUGAUUGCCCCCUCGGGCACUUCUGUUUCGCAGAGCAUAUCCAACAUGGCUGCGCAGCACCACCUUUCGCCGCCGACGUCCCCUUACCGAAAGUCGGCCUCCAAGUCGGGAUUUAAGCCCCCUCCCGUUGUUCGCUACAACCUCAACAACGUUACAGUCACCUCCAACCCCAUGGAGAACGAAGAACACAUCCUCAUCCUGACUCCCAUGUCGAGAUUCUACCAGGGCUACUGGGACAACUUGCUUCAACUGACCUACCCCCACGAGCUCAUUACUCUUGGCUUCAUCCUGCCCAAGACCAAGGAGGGCAAUGCGGCCACUGCUGCGCUGCAAAAGGCAGUCCACAAGACACAAAAGCACGGCUCCGAAAAGGACCGAUUUAAGAGCGUUAUUAUCCUUCGCCAGGACUUUGAGUCUGUCCUUUCGUCCCAGGAUGAGGCUGAACGCCAUAAGAUGUCUAACCAGAAGGCCAGACGUGAGGUCAUGGCAAAGGCUCGCAACUCCCUCAUGUUCACUACUCUCGGCCCUUCAACCUCUUGGGUGCUUUGGCUUGAUGCCGACGUUGUCGAGUCGCCGCCAACACUCAUCCAGGAUCUCGCAUCACACGGCAAAGACAUUGUAGCCGCCAACUGCUUCCAGCGAUACUACGACACCGAGAAGAAGGCCAUGUCCGAGCGCCCGUACGACUUCAACAACUGGCAAGACAGCGAGGAGGCGCAGGCUCUGGGAGCCAAGAUGGGCCCUGACGACAUCUUGCUUGAGGGCUAUGGCGAAAUGCCUACCUGGCGUACGCUGAUGGCUAAGAAGUUUGAACCUAUGGGCGACAUUCGCGCCUCGAUGCCUCUUGACGGCGUUGGCGGCACUGCUCUCUUGGUUAAGGCUGAGGUACAUCGUGAUGGUGCCAUGUUCCCGCCAUUCGCCUUCUACAACCUCAUUGAGACAGAAGGCUUCGCCAAGAUGGCUAAGCGAUUGCACUGGCAGCCUUAUGGGCUUCCCAACUACAAGGUCUAUCAUUAUAAUGAAUAAAUUUGGGUCACUAGGCGCACAGGUCGAUUAGUACAUGAGGCUGUCCUCAAUUGUUCGCUAUAUUUGGACAAGGCGAACAGGAGACACCGAAAGAAGGCAGAAAAAAAAGUAGUGCUUUGAUGAGAUGGGGUUCGUGCAUUUUUUUUCCUGGGAAUCGCAUUCAUGGUUGUCUUCAUUUCUUGUCACUGUAUUUAACACAUUUAUUUGUCUUUGUUUUUACACUUAACAACUUUUUCUAGAAUAGAAUGCGCCGAGACGGCUCAAUCGAAACCAAGUUUAACACGACCAGAAAAGAUAGAGUGAAGGUGAAUAGCUCAAAUCACGCGAGCAGUGGCAGGAUUCUAUUACUAGCAGGUAUCAAAGGUGUACUUUUUGGUUUCAUGUUGCAAUGCUGCUUUAAGGCAGCUCGGCAACUCUAUCUCUAUAGGUCUUCUCGGCUCUGGUCCAGACACCCUCGGUGUCGCGACGGUUCAAGGUCAAGAGACUGGGCAGAAGCAGACCCGAGUACUCGUCACUAGCCUCGCGAGCAAUCAGAGUAGGGAGAUGGUCAAUGGCAAUGAUGCGCAGCUCAGGGCCGUCAAGCUUGCCCUCGGCAAGAGUGGUAGGGUUCUCGAACGAGGUGUGAGUCGAGUAGAUGCGGAUGGGGUUGUUCUCGCUGUUGGGGUCGCAGGAGACAUCGGAGAUGACGCGGAGGCGUCUGUUGGGGCCAGAGAGCGACUCGAAGGUGACGAAAGGAGGGGCGGGGUUAGCGCCCAAGUAGACGGCAUUGACAAAGAUGUCCGAGUUGGCAAUCUCCUCAAAGGGUCCGCCGCGGCUGGUCUCGGCCAUAUCCCACUUGGUAACAAGGUCCUGGGAGAUGCCCACGGCGUUGAGGCAGUCAAUGGCGCCAGUGCCGCAGCGGCCAAGGGCACCGACAAUGAUUACCUUGGGGUACUCGCCAUUGUUGGCGGCCACGGCCUCCUUGACCUCCUUCUUGAUCAGAUCGAUGAGCUCCUGUGUAGAGUCGACAACGGGGGCAGGGCCGAGAGGCACGCCGGGACGCAGGAUCUGCUGGGCCCAUGAGAGAAGGGCGAGGGCAGUACCAGCGAAGCCGGCAGACUUGCCAAAGGCGGCGACACGGCGGCCGCCCUCUUCAAGGAAUUCGAGAUCGUAGAGCAGGCCGCCGGCGUUGGAGAAGCGCGAGAGCUCGGUAGCCCAGCCGGUCUGCUUCUUGAAGACGUGUGCGAAGUGGAUAUAAGUGUUGGGCAGGGGAGCUAGAAAAAAGACGUUCAUGUUAGCUGGUGAUAGUCCUCUCCGAAGACCGGACUGAGUACAUACUGCCAUCAGCAUCGAGCUCCUUGAGACCAAGGAUAAUAUCCUCCUUGGGGGCCUUGGUCCACGAGCCAGUUUCGACAAUCUCGGCACCAGCAGCGGCAAACUCUUCUGUCUUGUAGAUGCGGUUGGGGCACUUUUCGACACGGACAAUGUAGCCGGCGUCAAGCAGGGCCUUGGCUCCCUCGGGAGACACUGUUCAAUUAACGGUGAUUAUUCAGUGCAAUUGGAUCAAGUGUAUACUUACGAGGCGAGCGGCGCUCGAGAGGCUUAGUCUCGGAUCUAAGGUGAAUUACAGUAGGCGACAUUUUGGGUGUGUUUGAUGGUGUUGAAAAAGAAAAAUGUCAGAGGUCGAAUGCGGCUUUGGCGGGGCAGUUUGACAGUGGAGGGGACCUGAAAUCUGACGGCUUAAAAAUAACUCUGAGCGUGCUGCUGCUUGCGCUGCCAUGACGUGACUCAGAUCACGUGUGCGGCAGUUGGGCAGCGAUAUCGCUCUACCGGCAGCAUGGAUCUGGCAUUCGAUCUGUAUAUGGGCGCGGGUGAAGAAACCGUGAGUUGGGGUUUUUUAAUUACCCGGUUAAAUAUAAUAAUGAAUACUGACACCGAAUGACAUCAAUUGACCGGGUUAACGGCGUGGGCGCGGCUUAGCUGCCAGCUCCAAUAACUAUGCACAAGUAUGCUAUAAGCGACAAUAGCUUGAAGAAAGUAUUACAUCAAAUUUACAUUCUGUACUAUAACAAAUAGGUUUCAUGAAUAUGUGUCAAACAAUGCAAAUAACAGCCUAGUUUCCACCCAAAAAUAACAAUAUCCACGUCAACAAGUCGGCCUAGGCACCGUUGUAGUAGCCCUCCGGCUCUGAGCAGUAGUACUCGACCAGCUUUCUCGUGCCCAGGACAUCGCCGCCACGCAGCAGCGCAGCAACGUCGACAUUCAACGGGCUAUCUGUGGCCGGGUACGAAAGCAGCAUGCGCACAGCCCUGACGCACUCCAGCACGCUGUACGUGGGCGUCCAGGCAUCCUUGAGCAGAUCGAGGCAGAUCUCGCCCGUGUCGAGCGCAAUGUUCGGGUGCACAAUGGACGUAACAAAGCGCAUCUUGGGCGCAGCGAGCGGGUAUGUGUCGGGGAUAUCGAUAUGAAUUAGCCAGCGACCAGCUGCACGUCCUUUAGCCACUUUUUGCCCUUGAUCUGUACAGGGGAUCUGCUUACCGUCGUAACCGUGGCCAAUCUCUCGGCCAUUAAUUACAGCCUCCCAGACCAUGAGGUCUUCAUCGUUCACGGGACCGAGGCGCUCGAUUCCGCGCUCGUCCUUUUGCUCUUCGUUCCAGGUGCUGAGCUCCUUGACUAGACGCUUGGCAGCGCUGCGCGACGAGCCGCCGCCGCCGCUGCUAGAUUUCGAAACAUUUGAUGAUGACGAGGUCUUGGAGCGCUGAGGCAUUGUGACGUGUGCGAUUAAUUGGUUUGUGGUGAGGGAGAGAGGGGAAGAUUGUGGCAACGGUCGGGUUGUCGGUAUACGCGACGACGGACAAUUGCUGCUGUCGGAGAGAUGGAGAAAACAAAACGGAAAUGCUUGGCGCUAGAUUAUGGGUAUCGGCGAUUGACGUUAUGCGAUACAGAAACAAACAGAGAAAUGGGAGAGCGUUGGUUGAAGAUGCAAAGCUGCAACAGCGACG